AUGAGUUGUGCUAAAUACGAGAGUGUUUCGUGGCCUCUGCGGCACAUCCACUUGUCUGCAGAACUUCCUGGUGCAGAAGCUGACGACGGAGCUGAUUAUGCUCUCAAAGAGAUCGAAUUUGACACUGGAGUCGUUCCAUCCUCGAAAUUUAUCACUCCUUCACGAACUUCUGUGCCUUGGACCCCGAUGGGAAUCGAAACACCGAAAAAGACUACACCGGAGAUCACUGUCACUGUUAUUGACGACCGAAUGGACAGCGAAGACGAAGAAAGUGGAAGCGAAGACGACGACGAGUAUCCCGACAAGGUCGUAGCUGCACCCAUCGCCCCAACACCCACCUACGAAGAAGUUGAGCAGGAACGUCAACUACAAGAGCAGUACGGCAAGGAGGUGUUGCAACAGAUCCAAGCUUUCGGUGAAGCAGCCGACGAUGAUUUGACGUUCAGUGGGCGAAAUCCACACUACAGAGGAGUCACUGAACCAUCAACUGAAGUGCCCAUAAUCUCCAUGGACGAGAUUGACACUCUCUCAAACCAGAAACACGACACGCCUCUGGAGAUCACUGAGAACGAGGAGCGAAAGAAUCCCUUCCUAGAGUCACCAGAAGACGAAGAUGUGUCGAUUGACAUGGAGGAGGUUGAUGUGAACCGUGCAGCGCAGUUCUACCAAUCCCACUCGUUGUUCUGCCACCGACCUGGACCAGUUUAUACGAUCCCAGAAGAUGCUAAUGAACUCGACGGUACCAUUGACAACACCGAAAGCAGACUGAUCGCGCGGGAGAAAAAACGACAAGCGGCUCGCUCUGUGGCCAAUUCGAUUAUUGGCUUGUAUAGUCAACCGGUGACGACUGCGACUGAUGUGACCACGACCACGACAUCGACGCCUUCCACUUCCACUUAUGCCAUCAUCGCCCUCGGAUCUGGAAUUCAUACUCGUUCGGUGACAUCAACUGUCGACAGCCACGUUUACAGUUCACACUCCCACACACAAGCUGCACUAUCGACCGUCUGCACGUCGUCCUAUCUAUUCUCCACCGCUUCACCUCUUCCAUUGUCUCCUUCGGGCUCAGCAGUGACGCUUACUCGGCUACACGAUACCGGUCCUCAACACGGUGUCUGA